UCUCAGCCGGCGUGUUCAAUCCAGCUCGACCAUCCCAUUCACUGUCCACAGCAUAUUGGUCGGCGCAGUGAAGGCUUAUCUCAUCAGCGGUUCUUCUCCAAGAGUACACAUAGUGCCGCCGAGAUGGCUUCCUGUGGCAGAGCUAUUGCCCGCUCGAUCGGCGCAGCUCGAAGGCCACCCGGAAGCUUCCGGUCCUUAGUCACUGACUUUGAUGGUGCGGACAUCUUCGCGACCAGCAACAAAGCAAAUGCGAGCAUUUCCCGCAAGCCUGUCGCUAGAAACUUCGUAUCAUCAUCUUCGCAGCGGACUCCAGAUGCCACCACAAUGGUGACGACGCCGAGUCCUGCAGCGCCUGCACCCCAGCCAGCGCUAGCAUCAACGUCUGCGCCGUCGCCAGACAACUCUAGCCGAGUCGUCACCAAAGAUGAACUGAGCAAAGCUCGUCUUCUGAUGCGAUGGUCCUGGUUUCCAAAAGCUUCGCAGCAAUUCGCAGUGCUGCGAACAAUCGUCAAGGGAGCAGAUCCUUCAUCGACCAUCUUGCUACCACAGAGCCCUCCUGCCUGGCUGGGUGCAACAUUCGCCAGCGCCAAGCACUUUCGCACCGCCCGCUCGCGACUCUGGGAGCCUACGGCAGAGGAGCUGGCGGCAUUUCUCAACAAGCAACCCGGAGAAGUCGACUACGCCAGAUGGAUUGACAAUCAGCUCACGCGGCCAGCCUUUGCCGACCAAGGCGAAAUAGCCGCAGGUGAAGGCGGCUUGCCAACUCGCGAGACCAAGCUUGACUUUAUCCUCAAGCCUGUGUGGCAGAGCAUGACGGAGGAGCAACAGAGGCAAGCUCUUACCCGCGUCAAAUUCGAAUGCGCUCGAAGACUCGGAUGGCGCACGGGCUACAGCGCUGGCUUUCCUGUCCCUCAAACCGAUGUUGCCGAUAUUGAGCUAGCUGUCAUCGCAAAUCAAAUCCAAGAGACGGAGCAACAUUUGGCCAAGUCUGUGCGCACUGCUGCAGAUGCAGCCUCCGAUUCCGAGGGAGCUCCCACGGUACCAGCUCUAUCACCACGGCAAGAGGGCCACGCGGCCAAAGAGGAGGCUGAGUACCGUGCAGCACUAAUGCAACGUAAAGCGGCAUUGUUGAAGCGGCAAGCACGCUUGCAAAAUCUAAAGACCCUUGCUGAGGAUCGAUCUGCACGGCUAGCCGCCAUGGUCCCAGGCGCGCAGAUCACAGACGAGACAACCGCAGCGAUCAACAACACUUGGGCGCAGCUAUUGCAGCAAGAAAAUUCACUUGCGUGGGACGACUGGUGUGCCCUUUCGCACGCCGAGCGCGAGGCGGAAUUCAAAGCCGCGUGGAAGUUGCGCGAGCGCAGUCACGUGUACAUUGACGACUCUCCCUCCAGCUCAAUACUUAAUGGGCCUUUGCCGCGCUGGUACACCAAGCCACAGCGCGCCGGCCAGCUGCAGUUCCUACCCAAUCUAACCAUACGGCUCGUCAAGAACUACACGCCGACAGGAGAGCCGUACGACGCAUUCAAAGCGACUUUCCGCGUGCCACUGAACAUGCACAAGCACAUGUUGCGCAGCUACCUCCUCGCCAUCUACGGCCUGCGCACCACCUGGGCGCGCUCGUCUAUCUACCGCUCGGCGAUUACGCGUAAUCCGCGCCGCGGCAUGCGCAAGGAGCGCGGAUCCAGCAAGACAUAUAAGAAAGUCGAGCUGGGCCUCGUCGAGCCAUUCAUCUGGCCUGAGCCCGAGCUAACGUUCAAGACGGAGCGGCUGAUGAGCGAGGACAUGGAGUUCGAGCGGCAACGGAUGCACAUAAAGAUGACCAAGGCAAAGAGGUGGCGCGCAAAGAGACCCAGCGACCCCAUCAGCGUCACCCAGCCUGAUGGCACACGACACACCGUCAAGCCGCAGGUCAUCGCGCGCGCUAAGGGCAUUCCAACCGCCAGGCACUCGAGGAUCCUUGCGUUGCUGAGGAACAAGAAGAUCGACAGGGAGAACAUCAUCGCAGAGAAACUCGAGAGCUUGAAGAGCGCCGCAGCGUCUAGCUCUUCCGAAACGAGUGUAGUCUAACAUGCAGUUCAAUUCUAGUCUCAUGUAGAG